GCGGGGCCAUGGCGCUGCGUGCGCGGGCGCUCUACGACUUCAGGUCGGAGAACCCGGGGGAGAUCUCGCUGCGGGAGCACGAGGUGCUGAGCCUGUGCAGCGAGCAGGACAUCGAGGGCUGGCUGGAGGGCGUAAACAGCCGCGGCGACCGCGGCCUCUUCCCGGCCUCCUACGUGCAGGUGAUCCGCGCCCCCGCCGCCGAGCCGCCGCCGCCCGCCCGUUACGCCAACGUCCCCGCCGGCGGCUUCGAGCCGCUGCCGCCGCCCGCCGCCUUCAAGCCGGCCGCGCAGCAGCCCGAGCCCUUCCCGCUGCCGCCCGCCGCCGCCGGGUACCCCUUCCCGCCGGCGCCCUACGGCGGCUCCUACCAGCCCAGCCAGGGCAGCGAUGACGACUGGGACGACGACUGGGACGACAGCUCCACGGUGGCGGACGAGCCGGGCGCCCUGAGCAGUUCCUACCCCGACUACGAGGCGGCGGGCGGCGGCGCUGCGCCGGGCCGAUACCGGCUGUCCACGCGUUCCGAGCUAUCGCUGGGCUCCCGCGGCGGCGGCCACCCCGUGGGACACCCACACCCGUCCGGCGGCGGCGGGGCCAAGAGCUCGGCCACCGUGAGCCGCAACCUCAACCGCUUCUCCACCUUCGUCAAGUCGGGAGGGGAGGCCUUCGUGCUCGGAGAGGCGUCGGGCUUCGUGAAGGACGGGGACAAGCUGUGCGUGGUGCUUGGCCCCCGCGGCCCCGAGUGGCAGGAGAACCCCUACCCCUUCCAGUGCUCCAUUGAGGACCCCACCAAGCAGACCAAGUUCAAGGGCAUGAAGAGCUACAUUGCCUACAAGCUGGUGCCCAGCCACACCGGGCAGCAGGUGCACCGCCGUUACAAGCACUUUGACUGGCUCUAUGGGCGCCUGGCUGAGAAGUUCCCUGUCAUCUCCGUGCCCCACCUGCCUGAGAAGCAGGCUACCGGCCGCUUCGAGGAGGACUUCAUAUCCAAACGUCGCAAAGGCCUGGCCUGGUGGAUGGACCACAUGUGCAGCCACCCCGUGCUGGCGCAGUGUGAUGCCUUCCAGCAUUUCCUCACUUGUCCCAGCACGGAUGAGAAGGCCUGGAAGCAGGGCAAGCGCAAGGCCGAGAAAGACGAGAUGGUGGGUGCCAACUUCUUCCUGACCAUCAGUGUCCCCACUGGCCCUGGGGCUGUCCUGGACUUGCAGGAAGUGGAAAGCCAGGUGGAUGGCUUCAAAGCCUUCACAAAGAAGAUGGAUGAGAGCGCCCUGCAGCUUAAUCACACCGCCAAUGAGUUUGCCCGCAAACAAGUCACUGGAUUCAAGAAGGAAUAUCAGAAGGUGGGGCACUCCUUUAAGUGCCUCAGCCAGGCAUUUGAGCUGGACCAGCAGGCCUUCUCUGCUGGCCUCAACCAAGCUAUAGCCUUCACUGCAGAAGCCUACGACACCAUCGGGGACCUGUUUGCAGAUCAGCCCCGACAGGACCUAGAUCCUGUGAUGGAUUUGUUAGCGCUGUAUCAGGGGCAUUUGGCCAACUUCCCAGACAUCAUCCAUGUCCAGAAAGGAGCCCUCACCAAAGUAAAGGAGAGUAAGCGGCACGUGGAAGAGGGGAAGAUGGAGCUCCAAAAAGCAGAGGGCAUUCAGGAACGCUGUAACAUUAUUUCUUUUGCGACCCUAGCAGAAAUUAAUCAUUUCCACAAAAUCCGUGUGAGGGACUUUAAAUCACAGAUGCAGCAUUUCUUGCAACAGCAAAUACUCUUUUUUCAAAAAGUGACACAAAAGCUAGAAGAAGCUCUUCACAAGUAUGACAGUGUUUAAUCUCUGGACUUCAGUUUGUGGACUUUGCUCAGUAUGAGCAUGACUUAAGCAGCGGAACAAACUCUGUUGCUGUUAAAGAGCUAUUACCAGUGGUAGAUGUGGUACAAGAAUGUUUGUGUUCACUUGGAAUCGGGAUUUUAUCAGAGUAUGUAGGAAGGAAACAGUUAUAGGGCUAUGUAGUAGAAACAGUACCACGCAUUAUAACUAAGUUAUACUGUGUAUGCCUACACUACCAUUGUAACUUUUUUGAAAUAAUGAGUAUACUAUUUGCCUUAUUGCUUUUUGAAACAUGGUAUUUUAGUGCGUACUUUGUAGACCUCAAAACCCUUUGGGUCUUUAAGGAAGUUGGCUAGAUAAAAGCCUGCUUCAGCUGCCUUUUUACUUUCCUAGAUUUGGAUUUCCUAAAUUCAAACGAUUCUCUGUUUACAGACUCCUACUAGAGCAGCUAUGUGAUUCUGUGCCUUUAGACUCUAUUUUUCCUUUUCUAGUAAGUCACAUUUUUACGAUUGAAUGAAUGAAGGGUUGAUGCCUAUGACAAGAACUGAUUAUAAAACCUCAUAUUAACUGGAAAUAAAUGAGCUGCCAUCCAGUUUGCACAGCAAGUACUGUCUUAUGAUAAACGUUGGCUCAAAAGUAGAACUUAAAUCUAUUCAGACUUUCCCUGAAAGUGGAGACUACUUGUUACAUGUACUAGGAUGUUAAGCACAUAUACAAAGUACACCACUGACCCCCCUUUCAAAAAUGAAUAUUACGCUGAGGGGAUUUUAGUAUAAAGCAUUACUGUGAGUGGAAAUUUGAACUAGCCUAAUAACAGCGAUGCUUAUCAUGGGGAUAUAAAUGCAGGCUAUGUUGAUAGAACUUUCAUAAGUAGGAAAUUAUUUCCUCAUUGUUCAGUUGCUGAUUCAGUUUAACUUCAGACUUGCAUCUACAUUGCCUGUUGUCUAAGUUGGGACUCCACUGUGAUUCAUUAGUCUACUCUAAGGUUACAAGUUUUCAGGGAUGUUCAGUACUACAAAUGAUCUGAAAUAAGUCUUGGCUGAACUAACCUGGAAAACAGGUGGCAUGUUUAUGUUUAUAACACUUGUCUUAAUUUUUGUAUAAAUAUUUUUGACAAGCAGGGUGCAUUUAUAUAUAUGUAAACACUAUAUUUUAAAGAAUUUUCUGGCUUAUUUCCCUUGAUUUAAGUCUGAAGUCUGUUUUUAUAACCUAUUGGUUCCCUUCUUAUCAGUCAGUAUCAGAAGGGGUUUUUAUUUAUCCUAUCCUUUUCUUCCUAAACAAAAAUAACAGAAACUUCCAAGGAGGCAAAAUGUUUCUUCCCUUCCCUUCCCUUCC